UGAGAGGUAUGAGACCCUUAAGUCCAUAUUGCAAAGCAAGCUCGAAAAGGGGAAACCAGUGGGGCCACAUGUUUUCCACAUGAUAGGCCUGUUUGACAGGAUGGCUCGACUUGGGAACCCUUACAAUGUUGAGAUGGCUACGGAUAUGAUCCUGUAUUCCUUACAUGAUGGAUUUGCCAAUUUUAGGUAGAUGUAUCACAUGGGAGCCAUGGGUAAGACCCUCAAUGAGCUGCAUGCUAUGCUCAAAACUGCAGAGCAAAAUGUCUUGGUUGAACCUAGGAAGGAUGUUCUUACGGUCAACAAAGGGAAAGGGUUUAAGAAAGGGCCACAGAAGAAGCAACAGUCCCAAGGGAAGGGCAAGACAGUUGUUCCACCUAAGGGAAACACACCUAAAAUAAAGGUGGCUGCUGAGCAUGACUGCUUCUACUGCAAGGCUAAGGGGCACUGGAAGAGAAACUGCCCCAAAUAUCUGGAAGAUAAGAAGAGGGGUGCCUCUGCUUCAGGGACUACGAAAUAGGAGACGGUUGCAGAAGGGUGAGAUAGAUCUUCGCGUUGGAAAUGGAGCAAGAGUUGCUGCACUUGCCAUUGGAGAUUAUAGUCUACCGCUACCUUCUGGCUUGGUUUUAGAACUUUAUAAUUGUUAUUUUGUUCCUUCUAUUACUAAGAAUUUGAUUUCAAUUUCAGUUUUGAACCUUGAGGGUUAUAAUUUUGUCAUUAAGGAUUCUUUUUCUAUUUUUAAGAAUGAUAUCUUUUAUGCUCAAGCCCAUAUGAAUAGUAGUGGACUAUACAUAUUGGAUCUCAAAUCUGAAGUUUAUAACGUUGAUACAAAACGGCAAAAGUCGAAUGACAUAAGUGAAGCCAAUCUAUGGCAUUGUCGCCUAGGCCACAUUAGCAUUAAACGCAUGAAGGAACUCCAAACAGUUGGUAGCCUAAAGUCAUUUGAUUU